CAAUGAUCAAUUGAGUCCUUAUCCAAGAGAAGGAUAAGGAAAUUGCAGAAACUUAUGGAUCCAAUGUUGACAGGGGUUCUGAUAGUAUUGGCCUCUAUUCUCAUCCUAUCCACCGCCCGUUUUAUCCACGGCAAGAAGAAAAGAUCCCGGAAUCUUCCGCCGGGCAGCUUCGGAUGGCCGGUGGUCGGCGAAUCGCUGGAGUUCCUCCGCUUAAGCCGGGAAGGGACGCCGGAGAAGUUCGUGGCGGACAGAGUGAGGAAAUACAAGUCUGGGGUGUUCAAGACUAGCUUGAUGGGGGAGGCGGUGGCUGUGCUGAGCGGGCCGGCGGGGAACAAGUUCCUGUUCAGCAACGGGAACAAGCUGGUGGCGACGUGGUGGCCGGCUUCCGUGCAGAAGCUGCUGGGAGUGUGCCUGACGACCAGCGCCGGCGAGGAAGGGAAGAAGAUGAAGAAGCUGAUGUCAUACUUCGUAAGCCCGGCGGCUCUCCAGCAGCUGUACAUCAAAGAUAUGGAUUUUGUGACGCAGCAGCAUCUUCAGGCUCACUGGCACGGUGAGGAGACACUGAAAGUGUUCCAUGUUGUGAAGUUGUACACUUUUGAACUAGCUUGUCACUUCUUUAUGAGUGUUGAAGACCCAAACCAAAUAAACAAGCUUUCGGCCCUAUUCAACAUUUUCCUCAAGGGAGUCAUAUCACUGCCCCUGGAUGUCCCCGGGACGAGAUUUUAUCGCGCAAUAAGAGCAACUAAUCUAAUUAGGGAAGAACUUCUUGCGAUUGUGAAAAAGAGAAGAGAAACGAUGAGACAGAAUGGAACUUCAACCGCCAAUGAUCUUCUCUCACAUUUGCUUCUCACACCGGACGAUGAUGGGAAAUUUAUGUCUGAGUUGCAUAUAGUGAACAAUAUAAUCAUGCUUUUGUUCGCUGGCCAUGACACUUCCAGUGUUACUAUCGCCCUGCUCGUAAAGAAGCUCGGGGAGUUGCCUCAUGUUUACGAGAAGGUCCUUAAAGAGCAAAGAGAGAUUGCAUCUUCAAAAGAAGUUGGAGAGUUUCUUAAUUGGAAUGACAUACAAAAGAUGAAGUAUUCAUGGAAUGUUGCUUCUGAAGUAAUGAGGCUAUAUCCUCCUGUCUUCGGAGCUUUCAGAGAGGCACUUGAGGACAUCAGCUAUGAAGGUUAUGACAUUCCCAAAGGGUGGAAGUUUUACUGGAACGCUCCAAUUACACAUCUCAAUAAGAGUUUAUUCCAAGACCCGAUGAACUUUGAUCCAUUGAGAUUUGAAGGAGAUGGACCUCCACCUUACACAUACGUUCCCUUUGGAGGAGGGCCGAGGAUGUGCCUUGGUAAAGAGUUUGCUCGGUUGGAGAUACUUGUUUUUUUACCCAAUCUGAUUAAGAGGUUUAGGUGGAGCUUACUUGUGCCCGAUGAGAAAGUGCAAUAUGAUCCCAUGCCCAUUCCUGUGGAAGGUCUUCCUAUUUGUCUUCAUCAACAUUAAUUAUGAAAGAUUACACUGUUCCUAAUUGGCACGAGAAAGAGAUGUGAGAUAAUAUUUUGUUCUUCCCUUGCUUUCUUAUAUAGAACUUUAUAAUUUAAUAAACAUUAUUAUCCUUGACUAAAUUUUAUUUUAUUUUGGAUGUAUUAGUUUUAUUUGUACAUGUUGUAUUAAAUGUAAUAAACAUUGAAAAAAUAAUGUCUAAAGUCUUACAUUCUUUGCUUUUCAAAAAAAUGUUUUACAUUCUUUA